AUGAUGGGGGGAACUCCGGCGGAAAAGAUGCAGGAGACGAACUCGGGGCCUGGGAGCAAGUGCGACGGGAAUCUACCGAGCUGCGCAGCCUGUUCUUCCGUUUACCAUACGCCUUGCGUCUAUGACCCCAAUUCCGACCAUCGCCGGAAAGGCGUGUACAGGAAAGACACAGACACAUUAAGGACGAAGAACACGACGUUGCUGACUCUGAUCCAAGCCAUUUUGAAUUAUGAGGAAGAUGAUGCUUUCGAGUUGGUCCGGCAGAUUCGGUCCUGCGACGACCUGGAGGAUGUUGCACAGUCGAUAAUGGGUGAGCAGAAGAACUCCAUGGCUGCUGUUGGGGAUACCCUGCCCAGUGGGGAUGAAGCUCUACCCCAGACGGACCAGUUUGAAUCCGAAUUGGCAGGAAAGAUGAGUGAGCUUAUGCUGGAUGGCUCCCGCAAGCUCAUCGGUGGCACAUCAAACCUCAUAUUUUUACCGCCAGGUUCAGAGUUAUAUGAGCAUAAUCCAUCUAUGGAUGGCAAUGGACUAGACCAGUCACAGACCUGUUCAAUCACCAAAUGGACGAGAGUCACGGAUGAUGAACAACUGGUCAGCCAUCUCAUGAACAUGUACUUUGCAUGGCACUACCCCUUUUUUACAACCCUUUCAAAAGAUCUCUUCUACCGUGACUAUGUUCGCGGUAUUUCAAGUCAGUAUUGCUCGUCUUUAUUGGUCAAUGCGAUGCUAGCCCUGGGCUGUCAUUUUAGUUCCUGGGAGGGCGCACGGGAAGACCCUCGGAACUCAGCGACAGCUGGAGACCAUUUCUUUAAAGAGGCAAAAAGACUGGUUCUCGAAAACGAUGAACAUGUGAAUGCUAAACUCUGUACUGUCCAAGCGCUCGCUCUCAUGUCUGUCAGAGAGGCUGGGUGCGGCCGAGAAGGAAAAGGUUGGGUUUACAGUGGGAUGAGUUUUCGUAUGGCGUUGGACCUGGGUUUAAAUUUUGAUUCAGCGAGCUUGGGAGCGCGUGACCUCGACGAAGAGGAACUUGACGCGCGGCGAAUUACAUUCUGGGGUUGUUUUCUCUUUGACAAGUGCUGGUCUAAUUAUCUCGGUCGUCAACCACAAUUGCCAACCUCGAAUGUCAGCAUACCAAAGGUGGAUAUUCUGCCGAACGAGGAAGCCGGACUGUGGUCCCCCUAUACAGAUGCCGGAGAGGGUCAUGGAGAUGCACAACCAUCACGCACCAGAACGGUUGCUUUACAACUUUCCAAGCUGUGUGAAAUUAGUGGCAUUCUGCUUGUGUUUUUCUAUGACCCGACUCCCAGGGAACGCUUUCCAUCGAAACAGGCUGAACUCAAAAAACUCAGCGAGGUCCAUACGAAACUGGAAGCCUGGAAGAAAGACAUGCCAAAAGAGCUGGAACCGAGAGAAGGACAGCUUCCUCAGGCCCUUCUCAUGCACAUGUUCUACCAACUACUCUUUGUGCAUCUAUAUCGACCUUUUCUUAAAUAUACCAAGUCCAACUCCCCACUUCCUCCUCAUGUUUCCCCCCGUAAGUUAUGUACUCAAGCGGCUUCGGCCAUUUCCAAGCUUCUGCGAGUAUAUAAACGCACAUAUGGCUUCAAGCAGAUUUGCAAUAUUGCAGUGUAUAUUACACAUACUGCCUGCACUAUCCAUUUGCUAAAUCUACCCGAGAAAAAUGCCCAGAGAGACCUAGUUCACGGUCUGCGGCACCUGGAGGAGAUGGGCGAGAGUUGGCUAUGCGCCAGACGCACACUUCGAAUUCUGGACAUUUCCGCCAAUAAAUGGCAGGUUGGGCUUCCUAAUGAGGCCAUAACUGUAUUCGAACAGACGCAUUCAAAGUGGGGUUCGUGGGGUUCGUGGGAUCAAGCAUCAUCAUCCCCUUCUAACUCAGAUAAAUCCUCACCCCUGGACCCGCCUCCAACAGCCGGUGCAAGCUCCUUAUUGUUUCCAGAACAUGGUGUCGCUAUUAACGAAUACAGCGACCUUCCCACCUCAAUACAUCGGAGUUCGAUUGGAUCCAUGGGCUAUCGAUAUCCAACUGAGAUAUCACAUCCAGGGGCUGUGCCCGCUGUUCGCACAAUCCACCAGCCCGUAAGCGCCCAGGUUGUUACACGGUCAGAUGCACAUCUCCCAGAGCCAACGUAUUUGAAGCCCAUGACUCAUGCAUAUGGCCCAAUGCAGCCUGUGUCGCUCCCCCAGCAUGAUGCCAUGUAUGGUCUGAACGAAGGACAGAUUGGUGCAAUGGGUUCUGGACAGAGCAUGCCACCCACGACAGAUUCGCCUCCAGUGACUACCUUUGGCACACCCGAAAACCUAGUGGAAGAGAGCCAAAAUUGGUGGUCUCGCGACCAGAACGUACUUAACCUUGGAAUGGAAAGAUGGAGCCAGGGAUGGGUUCCCGGGAUCACUGGCACGACAUCUGACUUGCGCUACGAAAACUAUAUGGUUGGUGCUGGGCAAACUUCCGAACCUGGCGAUGCCCAUAGACUACCACAACCAGCAAGAUACCCGGUUUCAAUCCCCUCUGGUGCCGUACCGUCUACUCAAGCCCCCAACAUACCCGGUCGCAAUAGCAUGAACUUUCCGGGCAAUUUUCCGCAAUGA